AUGGCAGUGCCGCUGGUUCGCACGACAAGCGCGGACUCUCCUCUCCGCGCGCCGGCAUCCCUCAUCCCCGACGCCGACUGCCUCAACGUCCCCACUGUCCUCGUUGUGUUACCCGACGGCUCCGUACGACUGUACGACACGCCUCGCCUGACCGUGUGCGACGUGCUGUGCGACUACCCGCGCCACGCGCUGUCGUGCGCGUCGACGGGCCCCGUGCUCCAGCAGCAACGGGUCCUUAACCUCAAUGCCACCUACUACCUCCGCCGAGUCUCCCCGCCCGCGGCGGCGGCGGCGGCGGCGGAGGUUCCUUCCGCGAGAGUCGUCUCGGCGCAGGAUCUGGAUCUCCAAUGCGCGCCAUUCACGGCGGCAUACCCCGCGCACGACACGGGGGCAUGUCACAAGGAGGCUCUUGACUCGUUUAGUGCGCCUGGAGAGGAGAUUAAAAUGGCGCGGUCCGCCUCCGCGCUGAACCUCGAGCGGAAUCGCGCGCGGUGGGAACAUGUGGCGGAGAGGAGGACUUCCAGCUGGGACGCUGCGGAUCCCGAGCCACGUCGGCAUGACGUCAGCGACGGCAUCAUCAGGGGCAAUCGCAUAAAUCCAAUUCUGGCCGAGGUAAGCAGCAAAAGAACAUAUAUCUGCUCCUGCAGCUAA